AUGCUGACACAUUUUGCAGAUUUGGAGAGCACGAGUCCAUCGCCUGCCCCUCGCUUCGCUUGGGUUUCUCCACCCCCUCCAUAUAUACGCACAGACACACACGCUCAGACAUGCAGAAAGGGGAGGGAAGGAAAGAUAUAUGAACGUCUUCCUCUGAGAGCCACAGAGGUGGUGGCGACGGCGCUGCUGCUGGGCGACGAGGAAGGGCCAAGGGGCGAACGGGGAGAUGGGCAGGCGGCCGCGGCGCUGCUUGCCUGGCUGCUGCAGAGCCCUGAGCGCCUCUCGGCCUUGUGCCGCCUGCUUCCGGGCUCUCUGCUUGCCGCCCUGGCCACUCGCUACUCCCAGUUGAGCGCCUCUUACUUGGACCUCCUCGUUGCCUGGGGAAGCCGCUUGCUCUAUGACCCCUUGCAGGGCCGAUGGGGGAGUAGCUGCUUCGAGCAGGCUGAGCUGUCCUGGGCGGAGCUGAGGGAGCGUUUUGACUGCCUUUGCCGUGCGCCGGCACCGCUCGGGGCGCAAACCCGCGCUGCCCUGGAGCUCCUGAAGGUGCAGGAUGGAGACUUUGAUGUCCCUGGCGUCAGCGUGUGGACUGACUUACUGGCAGAGGUAGAGAAAUCCCUGAGGAAAGCAGUGAAGCCGAGAGCAGACUUAAAGCUUUUGAAAGCCAAGAAGACAGUUUAG